GGGCCGGCGGCGACGGCGGCGCGCGAGCAGACCGCAGUGCGGCCGGCGCUAGGACCCGCGGGGGCUCCCAGGCCGCGGCGCCUCCCGCUACCCCCACUCCCUGGCCGUCCUUCCCCCCUAAAAAUGAGGAAACCGAAUAACUUGCUCCAAGUUGUGGUACCCGAUCCGCCCCGGGGUGCGCAGCCGGCUUGCGGGGGCCCUCCUGGGGGCGGGCGCAGGGCGCAGCCCGGGUGCGCCCCCUGAGCAGGUGAGCUCUCGCCUUUUGGGGGCCUGGCACCCCCCACCCAUCACAGUCAGGAUGCCGACCAGGCGCUGGGCCCCGGGCACUCAGUGCAUCACCAAGUGCGAGCACACGCGCCCCAAGCCGGGGGAGCUGGCCUUCCGCAAGGGCGACGUGGUCACCAUCCUGGAGGCCUGCGAGAACAAGAGCUGGUACCGCGCCAAGCACCACGCCAGCGGCCAGGAGGGGCUGCUGGCGGCCGGCGCGCUGCGGGAGCGCGAGGCCCUCUCGGCGGACCCCAAGCUCAGCCUCAUGCCGUGGUUCCACGGGAAGAUCUCGGGCCAGGAGGCGGUGCAGCAGCUGCAGCCCCCCGAGGACGGGCUGUUCCUGGUGCGCGAGUCGGCGCGGCACCCCGGCGACUACGUGCUGUGCGUGAGCUUCGGCCGCGACGUCAUCCACUACCGCGUGCUGCACCGCGACGGGCACCUCACCAUMGAUGAGGCCGUCUGCUUCUGCAACCUCAUGGACAUGGUGGAGCACUACAGCAAGGACAAGGGUGCCAUCUGCACGAAGUUGGUGAGGCCCAAGAGGAAGCAGGGCACCCGGUCCGCGGAGGAGGAGCUGGCCAAGGCCGGCUGGCUCCUGGACCUGCAGCACCUGACGCUGGGGGCGCAGAUCGGAGAGGGAGAGUUUGGAGCUGUCCUGCAGGGCGAGUACCUGGGGCAGAAGGUGGCCGUGAAGAACAUCAAGUGCGACGUGACAGCCCAGGCCUUCCUGGACGAAACCGCGGUCAUGACGAAGCUGCAGCACAAGAACCUGGUGCGGCUCCUGGGCGUGAUCCUGCACCAGGGGCUCUACAUCGUCAUGGAGCACGUGAGCAAGGGCAACCUGGUGAACUUCCUCCGCACCCGCGGCCGGGCCCUGGUGAACAACGCCCAGCUCCUGCAGUUCUCUCUGCAUGUGGCAGAGGGCAUGGAGUACCUGGAGAGCAAGAAGCUGGUGCACCGAGACCUGGCCGCCCGCAACAUCCUGGUCUCCGAGGACCUGGUGGCCAAGGUCAGUGACUUCGGCCUGGCCAAAGCUGAGCGGAAGGGGCUGGACUCAAGCCGGCUGCCUGUCAAGUGGACAGCGCCCGAGGCUCUCAAACAUGGGAAGUUCUCCAGCAAGUCGGACGUCUGGAGUUUUGGGGUGCUGCUGUGGGAGGUCUUCUCAUACGGACGGGCUCCAUACCCCAAGAUGUCGCUGAAGGAGGUGUCGGAGGCCGUGGAGAAGGGCUACCGCAUGGAGCCCCCCGAGGGCUGCCCUGGGCCCGUGCACGCCCUCAUGGGCAGCUGCUGGGAGGCAGAGCCCUCCCGCCGGCCACCCUUCCGCAAGGUGUCAGAGAAGCUGACGCGGGAGCUACGCAGUCUGGGCACCUCGGCCACCGUGGGGGCACAGGACGCCGACAUGUCCACUCCGCCCCGAAGCCAGGAGCCGUGACCCCACCCGGCAGGGCCAAGGGCCCCAGAGGACCAAGAGAGCAGCAGGGAGCCCGGGGCGGGGACCGGCCAGGCCCAGGGAAGGCCAGGC